UAUCACACUUGUACUGGAACAUGAAUGAAACUUGACAGUGAUGGUGAUAUAUGAGCAACUUUUACUGAGAUAGCGUUUACGGAACAAGUAGUUAAUGACGCCGCUGUCACCUGAGUCCGAACGAGCUCCCGUCCGCUGCCAACCAGGUGGGAGUCAGCCAGGAAACUGAAGUCUUGCUGCAGGACAAUUCUCGCUCUGAAAUCUGGUUAUCAAUAUGGCCUUAUGGAUUAUUCAGAUGACUGUGUUGGUGCUAUCUGUCUUCAGCAGCAGCAGUCAGGGGAAGAGGGACAAGGUGCUCUACUGUUCUGCAUGCAAGGCAAUUGUGGAUGAACUGAACUUCUCAAUAAGUCAGGUGGACCCAAAGAAAACCAUCAACGUGGGCAGCUUUAGACUCAACCCUGAUGGAACUAUGGAAGACAAAAAGGUACCUCUCGCUCGCUCAGAGACUCACCUUCACGAGCUCCUGGACGGGGUGUGCAACAGCAUGAGCGACUACUCCCUCCAUGUGGACCCCGACACCCAGCACAAACAGUACAUGAGGUUUGCACCCAGGAGCAGCGAGACCACCGGCAACUUCCCUGACUUUAAAAACUUCCAGUUUGACGGACCCGAGGCAUCCAGUGCCCUGAAAUUCGCAUGUGAAACCGUGGUGGAGGAGCUGGAGGAUGAUAUCAUCUCCCUGUUCAGCCAGGACGUAAAGCAUGUGCACGAGGAGUUAUGCAACAGAGUCUCAGACUACUGUAAAGACAGCAGUCACACAUACCAGGAGUUAUAAUGGUGUUUAUAUUUUCUGUCACCGAAGGUGAGACCAGCUUUGGCGCAGAGUUUACAAAAAGAGACCUUUGACAAUAUCCGUUUUUGGCAAAUAAUUGACAGACUUUUGAAAUUAAUAAAAGUAGAAAUCUUGAUAAAAACCA